AUGCAACAUCCACCGAUUGAAGUGUUGGAUCGGCUGCCUAAGGAGCUGGUGUCAUGGCAACAGAAGGUAAGGCAGGAGGAGGAUGGAAAAGAGGAGGGCGAGGAGGGAUUGGGCGAGGAGGAGGGCGAGGAGGGCAAGGAGGAGGGCGAGGAGGGCAAGGAGGAGGGCGAGGAGGGAUUGGGCGAGCAGGAGGGCCAGGAGGAGGGCGAGGAGGAGGGAAAAGAGGAGGGCGAGGAGGAGAGUGAAGAAGAGUGCGAGGAGGAGGAGGGCUGCGAGGAGGGAGACGAGGAGGGCGACAAGGAGAGCGGCAACCAAGUGAAGAAGAUGUGGAGAGAGGGGAUGGUAGUGCAAGCAUCAUUUCGCACGUAUGGUAGAGGCAGGAAAAGGAGGGCGGUGGAGACUCGCAUGAGUGAGGCACAGGUGGAUGCAAGUCAGAGGGAGACUCAAUUUCAUGCGUCUCAGAUUGGGACGUGCGUGCUAUACCCCCCUAUCUUCCGCGAAAACCCCAUCUUGACGCCUCUUCAGGCGUACAACGCCGCCCAACGGCUCUGGAAGAUACACCGGUUGAACAGUGUUGUACAGGUAAGGCAGGAGGAGGAUGGAAAAGAGGAGGGCGAGGAGGGAUUGGGCGAGGAGGAGGGCGAGGAGGGCAAAGAGGAGGGCGAGGAGGGCAAGGAGGAGGGCGAGGAGGGAUUGGGCGAGCAGGAGGGCCAGGAGGAGGGCGAGAAGGAGGGAAAAGAGGAGGGCGAGGAGGAGAGUGAGGAAGAGUGCGAGGAGGAGGAGGGCAGCGAGGAGGGAGACGAGGAGGGCGACAAGGAGAGCGGCAACCAAGUGAAGAAGAUGUGGAGAGAGGGGAUGGUAGUGCAAGCAGCAUUUCGCACGUAUGGUAGAGGCAGGAAAAGGAGGGCGGUGGAGACUCGCAUGAGUGAGGCACAGGUGGAUGAGUGA